UUCUGCCCCUUUAAGAAUGCGAUGCUUUAGAGCGUAUAUGAUUCUGAAUCAUUCACCAGGAAGAGAGACGAUGCACAGCACGAGAUUCAUGUAGCUAAUAAGACUUUAAACUACCUAAUAACAACAAAUUUCUUGACAUUUUUGAUUCUUUCCUGAUCCCAGCGUGUUUGACCACAUACACACAUAUGUACAGAAACAAAACAAGCCUACAACGAUGUAUAACAAAGAGACUUCAAUACAAAGUCUGUAAAUUGUGAGUUCUGCACAAAGGAAUUAAAAGGAAAGAAACAACAACUAUUCUAAUGUUAUCUUUGUCGGUAACAUUAAGUCAAACACGGGAUAAAGUAAAGAAGAUGAUCUACAGUUAAAGAAAAAUAGUAACAACAUGGAUGAAGACUCAGUGCUAAGUGCAAUGCCUGAAGAUCAUAAACAAAAUCUCAAGCGUCAACGAGGAGGCGCAAAAGCUGCGGUAACACGCUUGAUGACUCAGAUAACAACAGCCAUGAACUGUAACCAGCCUAAAGAAGUAGAAAUGAAGCUGGCUGCACUAGAUGAAGCAGUAGUUCGAUUUAGUGAAGUUCAUGACAUGUACCAUAAAACAUUAGAGGAUGAUGAUGACUUGGAUGCUUCUAAAGGCUAUUUGACAUCAGUCCUGCGUGAUGUUCAAGACUUUCAGCACACAGCUUUGAGCUGGCUUGACGAAUUUAAACCAUCAGUUGAGGAUUUGAAUGUAGAUGUGCCUAAUUUCCAAGAGGAAAUAUCAAUGCUUUCAGUGAAUCAGUUGACUACUCAACUUCAAGACUUAAACGAAUUAAGACAGAGAGAAAAGGAGGAGUUCUCCAGGCUCAUUUCUCAACAGGAAGAGCACCUGCGAGCAGAGUUUAAGUUGCAGCUUCAGCAUGCUCAGUGUGAAAUGGACGAAAUGAAAGAUCUACUGAAACUGAAGGAUGCAGAGGUGGAAGAAAGUCGUCGAAAGGUUGAGUUAGAGUUGAUGAGCAAAGAUACUUCAACUCCUGUCUCAGGUAACCCAUCUCUUAAUUUUCGUUCAUCACUUUCAACAGUGAAUGAGACUUCAUUGUGUCAACUGUUAGAAUUGUCAAAGCAACAGUAUCAAUCGAAUAUAGACUCUAUGCACCUACCACCUGUGGACAUCAUCAAGUUUGACGGAGAACCCUUGAAAUAUUGGCAGUUUAUGAGACUGUUCUCCUCAGUGAUAGAUAAAGAAACUGUGCCAGAUCAAGAGAAACUCACUCGAUUGCAUCAGUACACAGUCGGCCAAGCCAGAGAUGCCAUUUCACAUUGUUUGUACAAUCCCAAUUCUAGUCAGGGUUAUGCAGAAGCUAUGGCCAUCUUAAAGCGGCGCUUUGGUAAUCCAUAUGCAAUAUCCCAGGCAUGGGUUGAUAAGGUGCUCAAUUACAAGGAUAUCAAGGACAACAAACAGUUGCAAAGUUUCGCAGACAUUUUGUGUAGCUGUCGAGACACUUUAAAGGCGAUGAAGUGUGAGGAUGAGUUAAAUGGUGGACGCACUUUGCUACAGAUCGUGGAGAAACUUCCCGAAGACAUAAAGAAAAGGUGGCUUACUGUUAAUUAUGAGAUAGUCAAGUCUGGUCGUUUGCCAAAGUUGGAUGACGUAGUCAGUCUUGUUGAAUCAGAAGCUGCUAAGCGAGCAGAUCCUAUCUUUGGGAAUCUUCUUAGUUCGAUCAGUCGAAACUCUCCAGCGAGUUCCAAGUUAAGUACAAAGUCGAGUCUCGAUAAGAAAAGGCAGACCUUUGCAACAGAGUCAACGGCUAAAGAAUCGACAACAUCAUCUGCAUCAAAGCCAGCAUUUAGAUUUAAAUGCCCAAAGUGCGCUGAGGGACACUUUCUAAAUCAGUGUCAAGCUUUCAGGGCUCUGUCUGUCCCAGAGCGUUUGAUCUUCGUUCAACGAAAGCAACUCUGCCUGAACUGUUUUAUGAGAGGACAUCGCAGUGCUGUCUGUACUCGCAGCUGGGUAUGCAAGGUGCCUGGAUGUGGCAAAAAACAUAACAGUUGGUUACAUUCUGCUAUUGUAACUUCCAACAACAACAGCAAUCAGUCUACUAGCAGAGCUACUGAUGAAGAGCCAGUUACAGACUCGCCACAAGCUAUUCAAGCUCAUGCUACCAGAAGGUGCAAUGAAACCAGUCAAAGAAAGAUUGCACUACCCAUCUUACCAGUAGUUGUUUCAGACAGACACAAUCGAUUCUCCAUGAAUGUCUUCGCUCUGCUUGAUAACGGUUCCAACGGGACAUUUGCUUCUAAGAAACUAGUUCAUGCACUUAAGUUGGAGUCACGUAAAGUGAAUAUCAAGCUGAACACCAUGGAGACCAAAAAUCUCAAUGUAGUCACUUUAGCAGUGGAUUUGCGAGUUGAGGAUGCUCAACGGAAGAAUUCAUAUCUCAUGAAGGGAGUGCUCUGUAGAGAUCAUCUAAACAUAAGUUUGGAUAACCUGGUCACACAGCAAGAGGUAUUCCAGUGGCCACACCUGCAAGAAGUUGCGGAUGAAAUCAGCUUAGCAGACGUGGAUCUAGCUGAUGAGGUUCAUUUGUUGAUUGGUCUAGAUCAACCCGACAUACUUGCUCCGAGAGACACACGUUGUGGUGAACCCGGCGAACCCUAUGCAAUUCUUACUGGCCUUGGGUGGACACUCCAUGGACCAGUAGGCGAUGGUUCUACAGCUGUUUCAGCUAAUUUCAUUCAGGCUGAUCAUUCUCUACAACAAGCAGUUGAAAGAUUUUGGAAAUUGGAUGAUCCGAUGCAUGUGAAUGACGAUCUGUUGUCUAAAGUCGACCAGCAAGUUCUGGAUCUAUGGAAUAAGCAAGCAGUCAAAAAGGAUGGUCACUACACAUUGCCAAUUCCAUUCAAGGAACAUCCACCACAAAUACCCAGUAAUUACACAAUGGCAGAACAUCGAUUAGACCUUCUAGGAAAAAGAUUAAAGAAAGACCCGACUUUGCUACAGAAGUAUACAGAAGGUAUCAGAGACUCUUUGCAGAAAGGAUAUGCAGAAGAGGUUGUUGACAUUAAUCGAGAAGAUGGUCGCGUGUGGUACCUGCCACAUCAUCCAGUGCUACAUCCACGUAAGCCUGAGAAGGUUCGUAUUGUCUUUGAUUGUGCAGCACGGUACCAAGGUACCUCGUUGAAUGAUCACAUUCACCAAGGCCCAGAUCUUACCAAUAAGCUACUAGGAGUUCUUCUUAAGUUUAGGCAAGAACCUAUUGCUCUGAAUGCGGACAUCGAGAGUAUGUUUUAUCAAGUCCGAGUGCCAUCAGAUGAAAGAGACAUGCUGCGCUUCCUGUGGUGGGAAGAUGACGAUCCUGACAAACCACCCAAGCAUUAUCGCAUGACAGCUCACCUUUUUGGAGGUGUCUGGAGUCCAAGUGCUGCCAAUUUCGCUCUGCAACGAGUUGCUGAGGACAACCAAGGAAACUUCUCAGAUGACACUGUGAAAACAGUAAAGCAGAAUUUCUACGUAGACGACUGUCUCAAAUCAGUAUCAAAUGAGAAGGUUGCCAUCAAACUUGCUUCUGAGCUUCGAGAUCUGCUCUGCAGAGGAGGCUUUAGAUUAACCAAAUGGUUGAGCAAUUCAAAAGAAGUGAUGAGAUCAAUACCAGUGGAAGACUGGGCGAAGUCACUACGUGAGGUUAAUCUUGACCAAGAGGAUUUACCAUUCGAAUCAACGUUAGGAGUCCUCUGGGAUGUGGAAAGAGAUUGUUUCACAUUCGAAGUCAAGUCGAUAGACAAACCAGCAACAAAGAGAGGAGUGUUGAGCACUACCAGUUCCAUCUAUGAUCCUUUAGGAUUCGCUAGUCCAUUCGUGCUUAAAGCAAAGAUAAUUUUUCAAGAGUUGUGCCGCUUGGAAGUUGACUGGGAUGAAGAAGUUCCAUCAGAAAUAGCAGCACAGUGGCGCAGAUGGCUAGAUGAUUUGCCUCUACUAUCUGCAUUGACAAUCCCAAGAUGUCUCAGACCAACAUCCAUUAGUCAGUUGUUGGAGACCCAAGUCCAUCACUUUUCUGAUGCCUCAGAGAUGGCAUACGGAGCAGUUUCGUACAUCAGAAUGGGAAACACCUGUAGGUUAGUGAUGUCGAAAGCCAGACUCGCACCUAUCAAGUCGGUUAGCAUACCGCGUCUUGAGUUACUAGCAGCAGUAGUAGCUACAGAGUUGGACCAACAAAUCAAGCGCAACUUGGAAAUUCCAAUUGACAAGACUUUCUUCUGGACAGAUAGUACCAUCGUUCUUCAGUACAUCAACAACAAGAGUUGUCGUUUCCAGACUUUCAUUGCUAAUCGAGUCUCAAAGAUACAUGAACGUUCAGAACCAUCUCAGUGGAGGUAUGUUGAUUCUGCUUCUAAUCCGGCGGAUGAAGUAUCUCGCGGAAUGACUAUGGGAGAGAUCUUGUCAAGUGAUCGAUGGAUUUCUGGCCCACAUUUUCUUCAGCUUGAAGAGGAGCACUGGCCUGUUCAACCUGUUUUAAAUAGCUUACCAGAGGGAGCAGAGAUCAAACGAACAAAAGAGGUCUAUGCGACUAACAUCAUCAGUGCAAGUGAAGUGUCGAAGAAUGCAGUAGACCGACUACUGGAGAAGUACUCUAGUUGGCAUCGCUUGAAAAGAGCUGCAGCUAUCCUGUUACGUGUAAAGGGAUUGUUAUGCAAGAAAUCGAGUACACGUCUUUCUGACCCCAUCACUGUCGAAGAGAUCCAACAAGCAGAAAUAGCUAUUUUCAAAUAUGUACAAGUCAAAUCUUUUGGAUCCACUCGAACCAAAUCCAAUUCUCUACUCAAGCUCAAACCCUUCGAGGAAGAAACUACCCAACUCCUUCGUGUAGGAGGCAGAUUAACAAAGGCUCCAAUUCCCUUUGAAGCUAAACAUCCAGUGAUCUUACCUAGUGAUCAUCAUAUUACCAAGCUGAUCAUUAGUCACUACCAUCUUAUCUUGGGUCAUGCAGGUCCAGAAAGAGUACUUGCGGAAAUUCGCCAACGUUACUGGAUUCUGAAAGGACGAGUUAUCAUUAAUCGAGCUCUUAAAUCAUGUCUGCAGUGUCGCAAGCUAAGAGCUAAACCCCAGGAUCAGCUAAUGGCAGACUUGCCUGAUUCUAGAGUGAUACCAGGAGAACCUCCAUUCACUCGUGUGGGCAUAGACUACUUUGGCCCAUUCUUGAUUAAGAAGGGACGUACUGAGUUAAAGAGGUAUGGAUGCUUGUUCACAUGUCUCACUACGAGAGCUAUCCAUCUAGAAGUAGCGCACACUCUCGACACAGAUUCCUUUAUCAACACUUUACAAAGAUUUAUCUCCAGGAGAGGCCCACCCUCUGAGAUAAGAUCAGAUAACGGGACUAAUUUCGUCGGAGGACUACGAGAGUUGCGGAAGGCCUUAAAUGACUGGAAUCAACGGAAGAUUUCAGAUUACUUACUACAAAACAACGUAAAUUGGAUCUUCAACCCACCUGCUGCUUCAUAUAUGGGAGGCGUUUGGGAGCGACAAAUUCGCACCGUUCGUUCUGUUUUGAACGCAGUCUUGUCGCAGCAGACACCAGAUGAUGAAGGAUUAGUGACAUUGUUUUGUUGUGUUGAGUCAAUUGUCAACGGCAGACCAAUCACUAAGCUCUCAGACGAUCCAUCAGACCCUCUACCACUUACACCAAACCAUUUGUUGUUGCUUCGUUCUGGACCAUCUCUACCUCCAGGAGCUUUCGUGAAGCAAGAUCUGUACCGACGCAGAUGGCGUCAGGUCCAAUACUUGGCGGAUGACUUCUGGUCACGAUGGCUCAAAGAGUAUCUACCUGCCUUGCAACAACGACAGAAAUGGUUACAUCUAAAACGGAAUCUUCAAGUAGGAGAUCUUGUGCUUGUUACGCAUGAGAAUACACCAAGAAAUCACUGGCCGUUAGGGCUGAUUACUCAAGUUUAUCCAGGAGCAGAUGGGCUUGUGCGUACUGUAGAAGUGAAAAUGCAAGCAGGAGUUUUCAACCGCCCUGUAAAUAAAAUCUGCCUACUGGAAGCCAAUCUGAUUAACAAAGACAGUUAA